GGUUUUCUGGUCUGCCAGGAACGUGACGUGUUUAUGCGCCAGACCAAUGGGUUGUACAGGUGCCCCAUUUCCGGAAGUGUUCCACUGCUGUCCUCCCGGUGUGUGGAGAAGAUGACUUCCCUCAGAGCAUUCAACUGCGAUGAUCUGUUCCGAUUCAAUAACAUAAAUUUGGAUCCACUCACAGAAACUUAUGGGAUUCCUUUUUAUUUACAGUAUUUGGCACACUGGCCAGAAUAUUUCAUUGUUGCUGAGGCUCCAGGAGGUGAACUUAUGGGUUACAUAAUGGGCAAAGCUGAAGGGUCUGUGGCUCGGGAAGAGUGGCACGGACACGUCACUGCACUCUCUGUAGCACCGGAAUUUCGACGCCUUGGGUUAGCUGCCAAACUAAUGGAACUGCUUGAAGAAAUUUCUGAAAGGAAAGGAGGAUUUUUUGUUGAUCUGUUUGUAAGAGUUUCCAAUCAGGUAGCAGUGAACAUGUAUAAACAGCUGGGAUACAGCGUCUAUAGGACUGUAAUAGAGUACUACUCGGCCAGUAACGGGGAGCCAGAUGAAGAUGCAUAUGACAUGAGAAAGGCACUAUCAAGAGACACAGAAAAAAAGUCUAUUGUCCCCUUACCCCAUCCUGUUAGACCAGAAGAUAUUGAAUAACCAUAGCUGUGGUUCUUGGGCAAAUUAGUGAACUUUAUAUCUUCAUAUCAUGUACAUAACAAAGCAAUUGGCUUAGUCUUGCAACCUUUUUUACGCUCAAUGUAAUGUUUAUGAUGCAAAGCAUUUUCUAAUAUUGGCAAACAUGGCAGCAUGUAUGGAAGUUUAGUGCAGAAUUCCAUGUAUUUAUUUAGGUGAAUGAUUUCAUGGUUAUGGACAAGAAUGUGGCUUAAAGAGAUGCAUUUCAUUUAUUCUUCUUUUCAUGAGGACCAUUCCAUUUUCUGCUAAAUCUAGCUACAUGUGUAAAUAAAAUUCAGUAGAUUUCCCCAUCCAUACUAAA